AUGACCAGAGAUAUCAACAGCCAUCUUCUAUUUGAAGUGGCCACCGAGGUCGCUCACAAGGUGGGAGGCAUUUACUCGGUGCUCAAGUCGAAAGCUCCCAUUACAGUGGCAGAAUAUCGAGAAAGAUACACAUUAAUUGGACCAUUGAAUUACAGUUCGGCGCAAAUUGAAGUCGAAGAAUUGCCGGUGAAAGACCCCAAAAUUAAGGCGGCUCUCGACUCCAUGAGUGAGAGAGGCAUCAAGUGGCUCUAUGGUCGGUGGUUGAUCGAAGGAGCUCCCCGAGUGCUUCUUUUCGAUAUCCAUUCGGCGGGCCAUCAUCUCAACGAAUGGAAAUCUGAUUUGUGGAACCUUGCUGGAAUUCCCACCCCUGACCAUGACCAGGAGAGCAACGAUGCCAUUUUGUUGGGUUAUUUGGUUGCGUGGUUUUUGGGAGAAUUGGUAUAUCACGACCAAGAACGUGCGGUUAUCUGCCAUUGUCACGAAUGGUUAGCAGGUGUGGCCUUGCCCUUGUGCAGAAAAAGAAGAAUUGAUGUCACUACCAUCUUCACCACCCAUGCUACUCUCUUGGGCCGUUACUUGUGUGCUGGUUCGACAGAUUUUUACAACAAUUUGUCCAACUUUGACGUUGACGCCGAAGCUGGAAAAAGAGGCAUUUACCAUCGUUACUGCAUUGAAAGAGCAGCAACACACUCAGCUGAUGUGUUCACGACGGUGUCGCACAUUACCGCCUAUGAGUCUGAGCAUUUGUUGAAAAGAAAGCCAGAUGGUGUUCUUCCCAAUGGUUUGAAUGUGGUCAAGUUUCAAGCGGUGCAUGAGUUCCAGAACUUGCAUGCCCUCAAAAAGGCCAAAAUCAACGAGUUUGUCAAGGGCCAUUUCUACGGCAAUUACGACUUUGACUUGGACAAUACCUUGUAUUUUUUCAUUGCUGGAAGAUACGAGUUCAGAAACAAAGGUUGCGAUUUUUUCAUCGAGGCAUUGGCCAGAUUGAACCAUCGUUUGAAAGAAUCUGGCUCGAAGACCACGGUAGUUGCCUUCAUUAUCAUGCCUGGAAAGUCACAUUCGUACACCGUGGAGACCUUAAAAGGUCAGGCUGUAAUCAAGCAAUUGGAAAGCACAAUUGAGGAAGUUCAAAAGAAAGUUGGCGAGAGAUUGUUUGAGCAUUGUGCCAGAUUCCCCAACGACCACUCUAUUGCUACUACACAAGGAAAGGAAGUGCCAUCAAUUGACGAAUUGAUCAAACCUGCUGAUCGGGUUUUGUUGAAAAGACGUAUUUUCGCCUUGAAGAGAGAUGGUCUUCCACCAAUUGUCACCCACAACAUGGCCGACGACGCUUCAGAUCCUGUGUUGAACCACAUUAGAAGAGUACAAUUAUUCAACAAGCCCGAAGACAGAGUGAAGAUAAUCUUUCAUCCAGAAUUCUUGAACGCAAACAACCCUAUCUUGUCUUUGGACUACGACGAAUUCGUCAGAGGCUGUCACUUGGGUGUGUUCCCAUCAUACUAUGAACCAUGGGGUUAUACUCCAGCCGAAUGUACUGUCAUGGGAGUUCCUUCCAUCACCACCAACUUGUCAGGAUUCGGGUGUUACAUGGAAGAUUUGAUCGAAAACACCUCCGACUACGGAAUCUACAUUGUCGACAGAAGAAUGAAGUCGGUGGAUGAAUCGAUCAACCAAUUGGCAGAUUGUAUGUACGACUUCUCCAUGAAGACAAGACGGCAGAGAAUCAACCAGCGGAACCGUACCGAGCGGUUGUCUGACUUGUUGGACUGGAAGCGUAUGGGCUUGGAAUAUAUCAAGGCAAGACAAUUGUCGUUGAAGAGAGCAUAUCCCGACAAGUUCAAGAAUGGAGCCAACCCAUUCAACAACACCGAAAACCUCAAGCUCACCAGACCAUUGUCUGUUCCAGGCUCGCCAAGAGGCAAGGUGGGAAUCAUGACCCCUGGAGAUUUGGGGUCUUUGCAAGAGGCAGCACAGCACUUUGAUUCCGAAGACUACAUUGGGUUCAAAUUGGGCGGCCACCAGCAAGAUGAUGAUGAAGAUGAUAAUGAGCACUAUCCGUUGACAUUGAGAGGAAAUUCCGUACCUCCAACUGACGUCGAAGAUGCCUAA